AUGACGGCACCGGCGGACAAGGGGAAGAAGGCCAAGACCGAGGCCGACGGCGGCGAGGAGAACGAGCAGAUCGACGGCGCCCUCGUCCUCUCUAUCGAGAAGCUCCAGGAGAUCCAGGACGAGCUCGAGAAGGUAAAUGAGGAAGCAAGUGACAAGGUUAUGGAGGUGGAGCAGAAAUACAGUGAGAUUCGCAGACCUGUCUAUCUCAAGAGGGGUGACAUUAUCAAGACCAUCCCGGACUUUUGGCUCACAGCGUUUUUGAGCCAUCCUCUACUAAGUGAGCUUCUGACUGAAGAGGAUCAGAAGAUAUUCAAGUACUUGGACUCAAUUGAUGUGGAUGAUUCUGAUGUUAAGGCAGGAUACUCCAUUCAUCUUAACUUCUCUGAGAACCCGUACUUUGAAGACACAAAGCUUACAAAGACAUAUUCCUUUGCUGAUGAUGGAACAACCACAAUAAAAGCUUCUCAAAUUAAGUGGAAGGAAGGAAUGGGACCUGCAAAUGGAAAUGGUAUUAACAAGAAGGGGAGCAAGCGCCCAUUAGUAGAGGAAAGUUUUUUCACCUGGUUUGGUGAUACAGAGCUCAAGAGUCUUGCUGACGGUGUGCAAGAUGAGGUGGCGGAGAUCAUCAAGGAAGACUUGUGGCCUAAUCCUUUGAAGUACUUCAACAAUGAGGUUGAAGAUGAGUUCGAAGGAGAUGAAGAUGAUGAUGAUGUAAGCUUAUUAUCUUGUUUGCAUUGUGUUUUCCUGCCUCUUAAACAAAAAGCAUUGAUUCCCUGA